AUGAAGGAGGUCGUCUCACACCAGGCCCCAAAAGUAAUCAAAAAGCUCCAGUUCAGCCUUCUCAAUGCCCAGGACACGGUCAAAAUAUCCGAGUUUGAGGUCACCCACCGGGAUCUCUACACUCCUACGGAUCGGCUGCCGGUGAAGCAUGGUGUGCUCGAUAGACGUCUUGGUACGACCGAGAAAAAUGCGUUUUGCGAGACGUGUGGGCAGUCAUCUGUUAAUUGCGUCGGGCAUUACGCGUAUAUCAAGCUCGUUGUCCCUGUGUUUCACAUCGGAUACUUCAAACAUACGAUAGCGAUUCUACAGGCCAUUUGCAAGACAUGCGCUCGUGUACUACUAGAAGAGCCCGACAGGCGCACGUUCCUCAAGCGCUUCCGCCGCCCAAACCUCGAAAAUAUGCAACGGCAGGCGAUAUCCAAAGCCGUCAACUCCAUGGCACGCAAGGUCGUCUAUUGCCCGUACUGCUCUUCGACGAACGGCGCCGUGAAGAAGGCUGGUGCGUUGAAGAUAAUCCACGACAAAUUUCGCGCGAAGAAGACGGCAGACGAGCUGGAGAAGUGGAAAUUGACAUUCGCACCGGCGAUUGAGGCGCAGAAGGAGUUGGCGCUGUACAUCAAUAAGGCGGUACAUGAGGAUUUGAACCCGUUGAAGGUUCUGGACUUGUUCAGGCGGAUAUCAGACGAGGAUUGCGAGCUGUUGGGACUGCAUCCUGAAUGGGGUCGACCAGAAGAGUUUAUCUGGCAAUACAUUUCGGUCCCGCCAGUGUGCAUUCGGCCUUCCGUAGCGCAGGACGGAGCUUCCAACGAAGAUGACCUCACGGUCAAGUUGACCGAGAUCGUUUUCACCAACGCACUAAUCAAACAGGGCAUCGCAAAAGGCGCUCCGACACCUCAAUUCAUGGAGCAGUGGGAGUUUCUUCAAUUAUCGGUAGCCAUGUACAUCAACUCCGAGCUUCCUGGCGUGCCUCCGCAACUCGGCCAAAAACCCAUCCGAGGUUUCGUGCAGCGUCUGAAAGGAAAACAGGGCCGUUUCAGGGGAAAUCUGUCCGGAAAGCGUGUCGAUUUCUCUGGACGAACGGUCAUUUCUCCUGACCCAAACUUGCGUAUCGACGAGGUGGCUGUUCCGGAACGCGUCGCUAAAAUCCUGACGUAUCCUGAACGAGUGACAGCCCAUAAUAUCAACGUGCUGCGGCAGGCGGUGAAGAACGGUCCUGAUGUCCAUCCCGGCGCAAACUUCGUGGCGAGAGGCGAGAAUAAGAAGUUUCUGCGAUUUGGAAACCGGAACGCCAUUGCGGAUGGCCUGGCUAUUGGCGAUAUCGUCGAACGGCAUGUUAUUGACGGAGACAUCGUCCUGUUCAAUCGGCAGCCUAGUUUGCACAAGCUCUCCAUCAUGUGUCAUCGGGCCAAAGUUCGACCAUGGCGUACAUUCCGAUUAAACGAGUGCGUUUGUGGACCUUACAACGCCGAUUUUGAUGGAGACGAGAUGAAUCUGCACGUCCCUCAGACGGAAGAGGCUAGGACGGAAGCUCUGGAGCUCAUGAACAUCAAGCACAACCUCGUUACCCCCCGUAACGGAGAGCCCGUCAUUGCUGCUAUCCAGGAUUUCAUCACGGCUUCCUUCCUCCUCUCCAGAAAGGACCUCUUCUUUGACCGCCGACAGUUUACUCAAAUCUGCUGCUAUUUUGCCGAUGCCAACAUGCCUAUCGAUAUCCCCCCUCCAGUCAUCAUAAAACCCGUCAGACUAUGGACAGGAAAGCAGAUAUUCAAUGUUCUUAUGAAGCCAAACAAAGAAUCGAAGAUCCGGGUCAACGUCGAGUCAAAGUGCCACAAGUGGGAGGAAGCGAAGGCUGAGAACUAUCCAUGGAUGGCGAAGCCAGCCAAUGACCUUUCUCCUAACGACGGAUGGCUCGUCGUGGUCAACAGUGAAAUCAUGUGUGGUGUGAUGGACAAGGCUACGGUCGGUAGCGGGAAGAAAAAGUCAAUAUUUGGUGUUAUCAUGCGUGACUAUGGGCCUCAUGAGGCAGCAGCUGCCAUGAACCGCUUGGCCAAGCUUUGUGCUCGUUGGUUAGCGAAUUAUGGGUUUUCUCUAGGAAUUAACGACGUUAUCCCCGGUCCGGAGCUCAGCAAAAAGAAGGAUGAGCUGGUUGAGAAAGCUUACGCCGACUGCCAGGACCUUAUCGCCCUAGCAAAGAAGGGCAAGCUGGAAAAUAAACCUGGAUGCAACCAAGAACAAACUUUGGAAGCUAUGAUCUCGUCUGUAUUAUCAAAAGUCCGUGAAGCCGUCGGUCAGAUAUGCAUGAGGGAAUUGAGCAGACAGAAUGCCCCUCUAAUUAUGGCUACCUGUGGUUCUAAAGGUUCCGUCAUUAACGUGUCUCAGAUGGUGGCUUGUGUCGGUCAACAAAUUAUUGCUGGACAUCGUGUACCUGAUGGAUUCCAAGACCGCUCAUUGCCCCACUUCCCAAAGAAGUCAAAAGAACCGCCUUCGAAGGGUUUUGUACGAAAUAGUUUCUAUUCAGGAUUGCGUGCUACAGAGUUCUUAUUCCACGCCAUUUCUGGACGUGAAGGUCUGGUCGAUACUGCUGUGAAGACUGCCGAGACUGGCUACAUGCAACGUCGUCUAAUGAAGGCAUUGGAGGAUCUUACCACACAAUAUGAUCUCUCGGUUCGGAAUUCGGAAGGAGGAGUGGUUCAAUUCCGCUAUGGUGACGAUGGACUAGACCCAGCUUGCCUCGAAGGAGAUGCCCAACCCAUUGAUUUGACCAGGUCAUUAAGCCAUGCUCUAGCAUCUGGUAGGAGAGAAGGCCGAUGUCUACUGCCAUAUGAGGUCAUGGAGAUCGUAGACCGCGAGUUGGCAACCCCGAGGUUCAAGUCAGAAUGUACUCCAGCGUACCUCGACACUGUUCGGAAGUUUAUCUUUGACCACCUUGCGCAUAAGAUGGCCGAUGCUCGCCUCAAGCGAGGCAUGUUUGAGGCCCUCGAUCGCGAGAGCGAAUGGGACGAAUACACUGACUUGUCCCUCGGUGCAUCAGCUGCUGACACACUGGUCGUUGAGAACCAGUCAAAAGUCACAGAAGAUCAACUAAAGGAAUAUCUGAAUCUAUGCUGGACGAAGUAUGUCAAAGCACGCAUUGAGCCUGGAUCAACUGUUGGAGCCGUCGGAGCGCAAUCUAUCGGUGAGCCAGGCACCCAGAUGACCCUCAAAACUUUCCAUUUUGCUGGUGUUGCCUCGAUGAAUGUCACUUUGGGAGUGCCUCGUAUCAAGGAAAUCAUCAACGCUGCCAAAAUUAUCAGUACACCAAUUAUCAGCUGCAAGCUCGUAAAUAGUGAGAGCGAAGCAUCGGCACGGAUUGUAAAGGGCCGUCUAGAAAAGACGUUACUCGGAGAUAUUGCAAGUGUCUUCGAGGAAGCUUGGGCACCACAGUACACAUACAUCGGCAUCAUCCUGGAUACAGACGCCAUUCAGAAACUUCAGCUUGAACUUACCAUAGAUGAUAUCAAGUGGGCUAUUGUGGCUGCUAAGAAAUUAAAAGUCAAACAAGAGGCUAUAACCAUCAUCCCCCGCAAAUAUCGAUUGAGGAUAUACGUGGACGGCGAGGAUAGCUAUUACCGACUACGAGAACUGAAGCGAGGGCUCGCGGACGUUGUUGUGAAGGGUGUGGCUUCUAUCCAGCGGGCAGUCAUCAACAUCAAGGACAAAGAUGACGAUAACGGGAAGAAAGGAGACAAAGAACUUCUCGUCGAAGGGUACGGUUUGCAACGAUGCAUGACAACUGAAGGUGUCAUCGGAGAGAAAACAUCUUCUAAUCAUGUCAUUGAGGUUGCGAAAGUCUUGGGCAUCGAGGCUGCACGGAAAACGAUCAUCAACGAAAUUCAGUAUACCAUGAAGUCACACGACAUGAUCAUUGACCCUCGACAUGUCAUGUUACUAGGAGAUGUAAUGACUUACAAGGGAGAGGUGUUGGGUAUCACCCGAUUCGGCGUGGCUAAGAUGAAAGACAGUGUCCUUAUGCUUGCCUCAUUCGAAAAAACGACGGACCAUCUAUUCGAUGCUUCAGCCUAUGGCAAGGCUGAUAGCAUUGCUGGUGUGUCAGAAAGCAUCAUUAUGGGAAAUCCUGCCGCAAUGUGCGGUACAUCUAUGCCGGCCCUUUAUGCUGCACCACCAGCAAUCAGGAAACCACGGAAAUUGUUGUUCGAAAAUGCCUUGUAA